AUGGCUGGUCAAAUUAAACUUGAGUGUUGUGGAAGAGCAUUGCGGUAUUUUCUCGUUGGAAGUAAUCCUGCAGAAACCAAAUACCGUGUUUUGAAAAUAGAUCGCACUGAACCAAGGGAUUUGGUUAUAAUUGAUGAUAAGCAUGUGUAUACGCAACAAGAGGUGAGGGAACUUCUUGGCCGUUUGGACCUGGGAAACAGAACAAAGAUUGCACAGAAGGGCUCCUCUGGGUUAUCUCGAGCUGUCUCUGCUUUUGGCGUAGUAGGUUUUGUCAGGUUUUUAGAAGGUUACUACAUUGUAUUAAUAACAAAAAGAAGAAAAAUGGCAGAUAUUGGAGGUCAUGCAAUAUAUAAAAUAGAAGAUACAAAUAUGAUCUACAUUCCAAAUGAUUCUGUUAGAGUCACUCAUCCUGAUGAAGCCAGGUAUCUGAGGAUCUUUCAAAAUGUGGACCUUUCUAGCAACUUCUAUUUUAGUUACAGCUAUGAUCUAUCUCACUCCCUUCAGUAUAAUCUUACUGUCCUGAGAAUGCCACUUGAGACAUUAAAAACUGAAACAACGCAGACCCGACAAGAGAGUUUUGAUAUAUUUGAAGAUGAAGGACUGUCAACACAGGGUGGAAGUGGUGUAUUUGGGAUUUGCAGUAAGCCUUAUGAGAAGUAUGUGUGGAAUGGCAAACUUCUGGAGGUUGUAAAAAAUACUGUUCAUCGUGACUGGCUACUGUAUAUUAUUCAUGGAUUCUGUGGGCAAUCAAAACUGUUAAUAUAUGGGCGCCCUAUAUAUGUCACUCUGAUAGCCAGAAGAUCAAGCAAAUUUGCUGGAACACGUUUUCUGAAACGAGGAUCAAACUGCGAGGGAGAUGUUGCUAAUGAAGUGGAAACUGAACAAAUACUUUAUGAUGCUUCAGUUAUGUCAUUUUCUGCGGGGAGUUAUUCUUCCUAUGUUCAGGUUCGAGGAUCUGUCCCUCUGUACUGGUCUCAAGAUAUUUCAACUAUGAUGCCUAAGCCACCCAUAACGUUGGACCAAGCAGAUCCUUUUGCACAUGUUGCUGCUCUUCACUUUGACCAAAUGCUUCAGAGAUUUGGCUCUCCCAUUAUUAUUUUGAAUCUUGUGAAGGAACGUGAAAAAAGAAAGCAUGAAAGGAUUCUUAGUGAAGAACUUGUUGCUGCUGUGAGAUAUCUCAACCAGUUUUUACCCCCAGAGCAUGCGAUUAUAUAUAUACCCUGGGAUAUGGCCAAAUACACAAAAAGCAAACUUUGUAAUGUCCUUGAUAGACUGAAUGUGAUUGCAGAAAGUGUAGUAAAGAAAACUGGAUUUUUUGUAAAUCGACCUGAUUCCUACUGCAGUAUCUUGCGGCCAGAUGAAAAGUGGAAUGAACUGGGAGGUUGUGUUGUUUCCACUGGACGCUUGCAGACUGGAGUUCUCCGAACCAAUUGUGUGGACUGUUUGGAUCGCACUAACACAGCCCAGUUUAUGGUGGGAAAAUGUGCUUUGGCAUACCAGCUCUAUUCUUUGGGAUUGAUUGAUAAACCCAAUUUACAAUUUGAUACGGAUGCUGUUAGGUAA